ACUUUGCUGUUUUUUGUUUUAGUAAUAAUAAUCUCUCUCUCUCUCUCUCUCUCUCUCUCUCUAUGUGCUUCUCUUGCUCUUCUUUUUCUCUCUUUCAUAUCCAACUAUAAGAGUGUUGAAGGAGUUUUGUGUGUUGCAAAAAUGUAUACAGAAAAUGGACUUCUUUUCCCAUGGUCAUAUCUACACAACUUCUCUCAAGAACUUCAUCAACUUGAAGAGUACUGCAAAACCCAGAAGCCCAAUGCAUCAAUGAGUGAGCUUGUUCAUUUUUCUGCCAUGUCAGAAUAUGAUUUUGCUGCUGAAGGAGAUUUGUUCAAAGCACCCGAACCGAUUAUCGAAGAGCCAGAUAUUGACCUUGAUCCCAUGACAGCAGCCAUCUCAAUGAUAUCUUGUGGAGAGGAUGUAAAAUCCACAGAUAUUUCUAUUCUUCAAAACGAACAGCUUUUAAGUGAUGUAUUCUAUGAAUGCAAAAAGGAUCUCUUUGAAAAGGCAGCAAUGGAGUCUCCGCUCUCCGAGAUUCUUGAAAUCAAGGUUCCCCUAUUAAACAUUGAUGAGAACAUAAUUCAAGAAAACAAGCCAUUUCCUGACAUGCUGUUACCAAAGAGCGUCAGCUCAGGAAGUUUAAGCUCGAUGGAUUGGAUGCAUGGAUCUGCUAUGAAGCCUGGUUUCCUUGGUAUCCAAGGAGUAGAUUUUGAUGCAGUAUAUGGAAUGCGGAGAUCAUUUAGUGAAGGAGAUAUAAAGACUCUUGGCAAAGGUAACAUGAGCACGGUCCAAUCUCCCGUUGAGAGGCCGUUUUUUAGCAGCAACUGCAGCAGUGAGGAACGUCUACAAAAGCUCUCUAGAUACAGGAACAAGAAGACAAAGAGAAAUUUUGGGAGGAAAAUAAAGUAUGCUUGCAGGAAGGCUCUUGCUGACAGUCAACCAAGAAUCCGUGGAAGAUUUGCAAAGAAUGAAGAAUGUGAUGCAAAGAGGGAAUGAUCAUGUUUAAGUAGCUUUAAUUAUCUGAUCAAGAUAUAUGUGUGUAUAAAUUCUCUUGGUUGGUGGAGUUCUACAUUUAAUUAGUAGAACAAAUAAAUUACAUGUCAAAUUUGUUAGGGUAGUUCAUAUCUUAUUAUCUGCUGUAUGUAAUUGUAUUAAGGUCUCUUAGACAAAAAUGACCUUCUUUCUAGUUCUAGAUAUGUAAAUAUGUUUGUUGAAUAAGAUAAAGGGGCAAAAAAGUGUUCCCAUCCCAUGUUCAUAUAUUAUAUAUCA